CUCGAACUGGUAUACGCUCGCUCUUCUCUCCUGGUCGAAUACCCGAGACCAUAAUGCCUUGACCCCACCAGCAGGGCAGCUCGAUAUAAUCAGGCCCGCCUACGAUGGGGGCCUUAUGUUCUUCAGAAGCACCUCGCGAUGACAAAGUAGCCGGAAACCACAACCAUGUGGGUGCAUCGGUCCAGUCUGCCGAGGACGUGCAGGCUUUGAAGAGCCAGCUUCAGCAGUUGCAGGAGCGAAAUUUAGUGCUAGCAAGGGAGCUUGCAGCACAAACGGCGGCAGCCAAGGACGCGGCGCGCUCAAAUGCGGAGCUCCAGUCAAGCAACGAAAAGCUUCGUCAUGCGCAUGAUGGCUUGCAGCGGGAAGUGGAGGCGCAUCGGCAGCAGCAAACAGACAAAGCGUUGCUGGUCGCGCAAGAGGCGCGGACGGAGGCGGAGCAAAAGCUAGCUGAGGUACAGAAGCAGUUCGAGCAGCUCAAAAGCAUGAACAACCAGCUACGGAGACGAGUAUCGGAUUUGGCUACGGGGCAUGCAGAGCCGAUUCCUGAGCCAGUGCAGGCGACGACAAAGGAGGAGGAGCGGGCACGGUCAGCCCUGGUAAAAAUCAGGGAUGUCAACCCCGGCUCAAAGAUCAGCAUCGCCUUCUGGGUUUCCUCGGACUUCAGGCGCUGGCAGGGCGUCCGCUUCUCAAACGGCGACGCGACGGGGCUUGCACUAAACAACAUGAACCUGUCCAUGCUGCCGGCGGAGAUCGGGCAGCUCUCGAACCUCACGGCCAUGCUGCUGAGCAACAACGCGCUGACGGAGCUGCCGCCCGCCAUCGGGAGGCUGACCAACCUCACCUCGCUCAUGGUGGACGGCAACCACCUGCAGCAGCUGCCAGCGGAGCUGUGCGACCUCACGCAGCUGCAGAUGCUCUGGGUGCACGACAACCAGCUGGCGGCCCUGCCACACGGCCUGGGCCGCCUGGGCAGUCUGCGCCAGCUCAUCGCCAACGACAACCUGCUGGAGCGCCUGCCGCCCAGUAUUGGCGAGCUGCGCAGCCUCACCUCGCUGUGGCUGGACAACAACCGGCUGACGGGGCUGCCCGACUCCUUCAGCGGCCUGUCCGGCCUCAAGUGCCUGCGGCUGGACCCCCCGCUGCUGCCUCACCUGCCGGAGCCGCUGCGCGCAGCCAACGGCGCACACGCAGCCCACAGCGCCCAGCCCCACACGGCCCAGCCGGCCCCGUCCGCGCACUCGGGCCCCACCUUGGCCUCGGCGGCCGCAGCGGUAUCGCCCUCGCAGCCGCACGCCGCGGGCAUGGCGGCGGCAGCAGGGGCAGGGGCUUGCGGGUCAGGGGCAGCGCACGGUCAUACACAGGCGCAGGCGGGUGGGGGCGGCACCGCAACAGCAUCAGGGGCGGCGCCGGGGCCGGGGCGCUCCCCGGGGGCUGAGGCGCCGUCCAGACUGGGGCCCGCGGCAGCUCUGCGCGGGGCACCGGGUGCGGAGGAGGAGGAGGGGGGGCCGGCGCCCGCGGCAGCGGCAGGACGGCAGGCAGCGACGGCGGCGGAGGCUGGCAGCAGUUGCGGCAACGGCUCGCCGGGGUCACGGCUGAAGGACCAGCAGCAGCAGCAGCAGCAGGCGAACCGUUGUAGUGGGGCCUGCGGCGGCGCCGGCAUGGGGCCUGCAGCGGCGCCGGCGCUGGCGGCUGAGGGGCCGGGCGGUGCGGGCAGCCCGGCGGCGGCGGCGGCCGUUGCCGCUGGUGCUGGUGCUGCCGCGGGUGGCGCGCUCGCAGCUGACGUCCAGGCCGGACUGGCGCCAGCCACGUAGCACGUCGCGGCGGGCAGCGGCGCCUGGCUGCAUGCGGCUGCGGGCUGGUGGCGCAUACGGCUUCUUGUUAUGUCACUUCCGUCAGGAUAGUGGGUGUCUUCGGAAUACGGUGGCCCUGCUUCAUUAUUACCACUCAUCCGGUUGGCUUGCAUUGUUGAGUACUGCAGGCGGGGCCGAGCGCGCCUGCGCCCCGCAGACUACUGAUGUGUUCUAGGUGUGGGUGGGUGAGCAUAGGCACGGUGUGGGUGGGUGGAUGGAUGGGUGGGUGGGUUGGGUGUGGGUGUGUUAGCGUGUUCGGGGGUUUGAUUGGCUUGGUUCGUGUCAGUGCGGCUUCGACGGCCCCGCCAGCUUUGCGCGGGGGGGCGGAGCACUGCCCGCCGCGCAGUGCAGCGCACAGUAAUGCGGCAUAUCCAAGGGGCUUGACGGAGGGGCUUGUUGAUGCUUUGGGGGGUCUACAUAUGGGCCUUCGCAAGGGGAGGGGGGCUUGGGAAGGCAUGCGGGGAAAGGCGGAGGCGGAACGAACAUAGGAGCUGCAAGGAUAUUCGCGCGCCCGCCAACCCACUCAUAAUAUGGACAAUGUCUUGGAGCGUGUGCUCAUCAAAAUCUUAUGGUGUUGUCAGUAAGAAAUAUGUUGCAUUAGAGGAAAUGUGCAAAAGCGUGUUGGCGAGUUCUGUGUGUGUGUGUUAAAAAUGAAAACAAAAGGCCCGCCUGUGUGUGUGAGUGUGUGCCACGAUGUGCGUGUGGAGUGCUUGUCAAUGACGAGGUCUGCCGUGCCUGAGGGGGUGUCGAGCAGUAGCUGUGCGUGUAUGGGGGGGGGGCUGUGUGUGCAUGUUGUGUCAAAAGCGGCGCAUGUUGGCAAGCCAAGUAAAACAGAAACAGGCAAUAAUAACAAGAUGGCUGCCGGUGGAGUCGCUGUGCCUGCAAAUUGCCCUGGCGCUCGGGCGCGGGGUGCAGUGCCCUUGAAGGCUACGGCGCUUGGAAUGCUGUGGGGUUGUUCUGGCGUGUGCGGGCUCGGGGGUGUGACGGCGAGCGACGGGAGGCGUGCAACAACAUUGGCGUGCAACUGCAACAGGGAGGGGGGCUGUAGAUACCAGCCCAAACUACACCGGAUCCUGUGCAUGGGCGCGUGGCCCAGUGGUGUCGGGGUAGGGGCGGCGCCACUGCGGCAGCUGGUGUGUUGGGGCGGUGGCUGUGGGCUCGCUGGGUGCAGGUGUGGCUGCGCGCGGUGGCCUGCCGGUGUGGCCCUGCACCACGUGUGGCCGGAGGUGUGGGGGCGCUGGCAGCGGCAGGAGCGGCAAGUGGAGGGCACGGGCAAGGCGCAGCGCCCGUGUGCAACUGCGCCCAGUGCUGCCCAGCGGUUCCUGCUUUGCUCGACGCGUUGAGAGCGGCCUCGGCUUCUGCGGCCCACACAGCCAUGCCUCCCUGCAUGCGACCCUCCCCUUCCCCAGUGGGGCAUCCUCCGGCUGUCCAGUUGUCAUACGGUUUAGCCCUGUUUCUAGCUGCAUGAAGCGCCUCGUGCCUCGGGGCUCUAAGUAUGUUCUGUCUCCAACAUUUGCCUAACCGUGCUGGAGUUGGCGCCUGGUAGUGUGCUGCUUGUGUGGUCCCCCCCCCUCGGCUAGGCGUGGCUGGGGGGCUGGGCGCGGAGGGCGGCGGCUGGAAGCAGCGGGGCAGGUCGCUGCUGCUGGUCGCGAUGAUGCCGUGU